GCCACGGCCACCGGAAGAAUCGCUGUGGCCAGCGGAGCCGGGAGAGUGGGGAGCGGAAGCAGCGGCGGCAGGCGGCGCUGGGACCCGGGAGAGGCCGGAGAACAAGGGAGCUGGCGCCUCGGCCGGCCGCCGAGCGGGGCUGAGCCGCUGGGCCGCGCCGAGCGCCGCCGCCGCCCGAGAGGCCCGGCCCGGCCGCCCUAGCAGGCCGCGCGCGGGCCACCCGGCCCGAGGCCGGAGCCAUGGGCGAGACCAAGAUCAUCUACCACCUGGACGGGCAGGAGACGCCGUACCUGGUGAAGCUGCCCCUGCCCGCCGAGCGCGUCACCUUGGCGGACUUUAAGGGCGUUCUGCAGCGACCCAGCUACAAGUUCUUCUUCAAGUCUAUGGACGAUGAUUUCGGAGUUGUGAAGGAGGAGAUCUCAGAUGACAAUGCUAAGCUACCCUGCUUCAAUGGCCGGGUGGUGUCCUGGCUGGUGUCAGCUGAGGGCUCACACCCAGAGCCAGCCCCCUUCUGUGCUGAUAACCCAUCAGAGCUGCCACCACCUAUGGAGCGCACGGGAGGAAUCGGGGACUCCCGACCCCCAUCCUUCCACCCUCAUGCUGGUGGGGGCAGCCAGGAGAACCUGGACAAUGACACAGAGACAGACUCCUUGGUAUCUGCCCAGCGGGAGCGGCCACGUCGGAGGGAUGGCCCAGAGCAUGCAACCCGGCUAAAUGGAACUGCAAAGGGGGAGCGGCGGCGAGAGCCUGGUGGUUAUGAUAGCUCGUCCACCCUUAUGAGCAGUGAGCUGGAGACCACCAGCUUCUUUGAUUCAGAUGAGGAGGAUUCUACCAGCAGGUUCAGCAGCUCCACAGAACAGAGCAGUGCCUCACGCCUGAUGAGAAGACACAAGCGGCGGCGGCGGAAGCAGAAGGUCUCACGGAUUGAGCGGUCCUCAUCCUUCAGCAGCAUCACAGACUCUACCAUGUCUCUCAACAUCAUCACAGUUACUCUCAACAUGGAGAAGUAUAACUUCUUGGGCAUCUCCAUUGUGGGCCAAAGCAAUGAGCGUGGUGACGGAGGCAUCUACAUUGGCUCUAUCAUGAAAGGUGGGGCUGUGGCUGCUGAUGGACGCAUCGAACCAGGAGAUAUGCUGUUACAGGUAAAUGAGAUCAACUUUGAGAACAUGAGUAAUGACGAUGCAGUUCGGGUACUACGGGAAAUUGUGCACAAACCAGGGCCCAUUACCCUGACUGUAGCCAAGUGCUGGGACCCAAGUCCACGUGGUUGCUUCACAUUACCCAGGAGUGAGCCCAUCCGGCCCAUUGACCCUGCGGCCUGGGUCUCUCACACUGCAGCCAUGACGGGCACCUUCCCUGCCUAUGGCAUGAGCCCCUCCCUGAGCACAAUCACCUCCACCAGCUCCUCCAUCACCAGCUCCAUCCCUGACACAGAGCGCCUAGACGACUUCCAUCUGUCCAUCCACAGUGACAUGGCCGCCAUCGUAAAAGCCAUGGCCUCCCCUGAAUCAGGGUUGGAGGUCCGAGAUCGCAUGUGGCUCAAGAUUACCAUUCCUAAUGCUUUUAUCGGCUCAGAUGUGGUAGACUGGCUAUACCACAAUGUCGAAGGCUUCACUGACCGGAGGGAGGCCCGAAAGUAUGCCAGCAACCUGCUGAAAGCUGGCUUCAUCCGCCACACUGUCAACAAGAUCACCUUCUCUGAGCAGUGCUACUACAUCUUCGGAGACCUCUGCGGCAACAUGGCCAACCUGUCCCUCCACGACCACGACGGUUCCAGCGGUGCCUCUGACCAAGAUACGCUGGCCCCUUUGCCACACCCGGGGGCUGCCCCUUGGCCUAUGGCUUUCCCUUACCAGUACCCACCACCCCCACACCCCUACAACCCCCACCCAGGCUUCCCGGAGCUAGGCUACAGCUAUGGUGGGGGCAGCGCCAGCAGUCAACACAGUGAAGGCAGUCGGAGCAGUGGCUCAAACCGUAGUGGCAGCGAUCGUCGGAAGGAGAAGGACCCAAAGGCUGGAGAUUCCAAGUCCGGCGGCAGCGGCAGUGAGUCGGACCACACGACACGCAGCAGCCUGCGGGGGCCACGAGAGCGGGCACCCAGUGAGCGCUCAGGGCCCGCCGCCAGUGAGCAUAGCCACCGCAGCCACCAUUCACUGGCCAGCAGCCUGCGCAGCCACCACACACACCCAAGCUAUGGCCCUCCAGGAGUGCCCCCUCUCUACGGCCCCCCAAUGCUGAUGAUGCCCCCGCCGCCUGCAGCCAUGGGGCCCCCAGGAGCCCCUCCUGGCCGCGACCUGGCCUCUGUGCCCCCAGAACUGACCGCCAGCAGACAGUCCUUCCGCAUGGCCAUGGGAAACCCCAGUGAGUUCUUUGUGGAUGUGAUGUGAGCAGGACCUCUCCCCCACUGCCAUCCCACCCCGCACCCGGUCCCUCUCUCCAACUGUCCGUCCGUCUUUUUUACUUCGUCUGGUACCUGAAAGGGAAAUAAAUGCAACUAAAUCCAGGCGCGCUAGCUAACUGCUCGCUCGGCGCAGCCAGGGCAGGGUGUAUCUACCAGUCAGCUCUGCAUUCCCUAACCCGGCUCUGGCCUAGCUUGUUCCCUCUGCUCACUAACCUUAGGGGGACUUCCCAGGAUCCUUCAUGUCCCCGAGUCCUCACUUGCUGGUGCUUACUUCCCUCUGCCCCAUCCUCACACACUUUAGGAGCUGACCCCAGUGGUGUCCUUGGGGGGGUACCCCUUUCUCCCUUUGUUCCCCCUUCAUUUAUUCAGCUACACCAUCCUGGUGUUAAGUCCACCCUCUCAAGCAUGUGUGCAAAUCUCUUGAUUUUGCCCCAUAGUACUGACACCAAAAAAGUCACUUCAUCUGCCCUACCUAACUCUCCCCUGCCUGCUGCCUCAGUCCUGCACCUGAGCUAUAGUCACCCUUCAGUAGCUGUUCAUGCUGUUUACCCCUGCCUGUACCCAUUCCUAAUCAGAAGCCAGAAGGCCCCCUCAGGUGCCCAAGCAGCUAGUGGCUUCCAGAGAGCAUCUCUGCUGGAUCCCUUGCUCCUAUGCCUGACCCAUGUGCUGGUUCCAUCAGACCCUAACCCUACUAACUGGCAGGCUCAUCUCACCUCCCGGCUGAAACAUUUCUUUUCUUUCUUUUUUCCUCCCCCAAUUUUCCCUUGGCCUGGAGCAGCCAAGAAUUUCGGGCUGUUUGACUUUCUGUGAACCCCCCAGCAAGGGGAGGCCCAGCCUCCGAGGAGACCAGGAACCCUGCUUCAGGAGCCCCUCGGGGCUUCCCAAGGAUGUCCAGCCCCUACACCCACACUUCAGUAUUGCUAGGCUUCUGGGAAGGGCCUCAGCCUUACCCAUGCACAAGGUCUCUGUUCUCUUUUCCAUAGAAUAUUCUUCCCCUCUAUAUCUCUCCCCUACCCACCCUCUCUCUGUCUCACUCACACACACACACACACACACACACACACACACAAAUACACACAGGUGCCUAUGCAAGUUCACUUAAGCCUCAGGGCUGGACCCUGCCCAGAGGGCUGGACCCUCUCUCCAAGUCCUUUCCUAGAUAGUGGGGCUGGUCCCCUGACUUUCCUCUCCCCUUCCUCAUAGCCCUCAAGCCACAUAUCCCCAACAUUUUCCUACCUGGAUAAGCCUAUAAGCUGAAUCUCAGGCUGGGCUCAAUAGAGAACUCUCCAGGUAACUGACAGGCCAUCUCACACAUACCCCAACACACACACACACACACACACAUACAUACCCACUUCCAGUUUGCACACACCGUGACACUCCAGAACAAGGACAGGAACCCAUAGGUCAGUUGGGAGUUGGGCAAGAGGGCUUCCAGGACUUUCAAACAGAGUUCCAGUUUUUUUUUUUUUUUUUUUAACCUUAUUCUCCACUUUAAACAAAUCACAACUUUCUCUUCUAGCCUCUGCUUUAAAUUCUCCUGACUUGCCCAGGCUCCCAUAUUUUUAGGGACAGGGUGUCAAGAGUAAUAUGAAAUCCUUAGCCCAGGUUUUAGGGCAUUUUGACAUUCUUUCAUACAACAAAUACUUCUGGGGUUUUAGUGAACAAAGUGCUGUGUUGGACACGUGACUCAAUCUUCCUUGCCUUCUGGAAGCUUCGAGUUUACUCCCAACCAGGCUGUGGCUUCUUCUAGCCACCACUACAGGGCCAUCUCCUGUACUCCUCUAACUCUGCCUCGUCUUGCUUUGUUGAGAACACCUCCACUAUACUAUACCUUCAGUGUCAAUUCUUACAUUGUUCCUUCUUUGGUCCACUUCUCUUUCUUCUGUAUUUUUUCCCAAAAUGGUGUCAUCAAUCCUGAUGUCCUCAAUUGCUGCUGAUAUGCUGGUGAUUCCCAAAUAUAUAACCCCAAAUUCCCUCAAUCUUCAGAUCUGUAUUUUUAUUAACCACUGAACAUCACCACGGACAUGUCUAUAUGGACUCAAGUCAUGUCCCCAACCAAGUGUGUUCCUUCUGAAUUCCUGUCCUGGUGACCAUCACAACUACACAGGCACACCAGUCAGAAACAUUUACAGGCUUAAAUUCUUUCUUGUAUCUUACCAGUCAGCAUAUCACAUCUUUUUCACUCCAACAAUCUUUCUGAAUUUGGCCCUUUCGUUCCCCUUUACCUCUAAUUUACCAGAGCCUGGGAUUUGGAGUCAUAUUGUUCUGGGUUUGAAUUCCAGCUCUAUUUCCUUUUGGUUGCGUAAUAGGAGAGUUAUUUAACCUCUCUGAGCCUCAGUUCUCUCGUAUGUAAAAUGAUGAUAAUAAUACCUACCUCACAGGGUUGUUGUGAGGAUUUAAAUUAGAUAUUGUACGAAAAGUGCCUAGCACAGUGCCUGGCACAUGAUAGAGUAGGUGCUCAAUAAAUGGUAACCAUUAUUAUUAUUA